UCCGUGCGCCUCCUCUCUUCGUUUUUCUCUCUAUUCACUCUACUUGCUUCUUCCAACGAUAGUAAUGGCGGCUGCGACGUCGUUUUCUGCCACAAUCACCGCAAACUCCGAAACCCUAGCUGGGCCUGUUUCAGGAAGAACCCUCGCCGUUGCAAACGCCAACGCUAAUGGAAACGUCUCAUUCCGACAAUCCUUGUCGUCAUCAUCCUCGAAGCUGAGCUUCGGAUCACUGAAGUGUAGCCGACGAAACUCCACCGGAGCUCUUGGAGCUUGCAUGGUGUCGGCGCCGGCUGUGAAGGCUCCCGUCUCGCUCGAUUUCAACACCUCCGUCUUCAAGAAGGAGAAGAUCAGCCUCGCGGGACACGACGAGUAUAUCGUGAAAGGAGGUAGGGAUUUGUUCCAUUUGUUGCCAGAUGCUUUCAAAGGGAUUAAGCAGAUUGGUGUUAUCGGUUGGGGAUCGCAGGGACCUGCUCAGGCUCAGAAUCUCAGGGACUCGCUUGCUGAAGCUAAGUCUGAUAUUGUGGUCAAGAUUGGGCUCAGGAAAGGUUCUCGGUCAUUUGCUGAAGCUCGAGCGGCUGGUUUUUCUGAGGAGAAUGGGACUCUAGGUGACAUAUGGGAAACUGUCUCCGGCAGCGAUCUUGUGUUGCUGUUAAUUUCUGAUGCUGCACAGGCGGAUAACUAUGAAAAAAUUUUCUCCCAUAUGAAAUCAAACAGCAUACUUGGGCUGUCCCAUGGGUUUCUUCUUGGGCAUUUGCAGUCGUUGGGACUUGAUUUUCCAAAGAACAUUAGUGUAAUUGCUGUGUGCCCAAAGGGAAUGGGUCCAUCAGUAAGGAGACUCUAUGUACAAGGAAAAGAUAUAAAUGGUGCUGGAAUUAAUUCAAGUUUCGCAGUUCACCAGGAUGUGGAUGGUAGAGCUACUGAUGUUGCUCUGGGAUGGUCAGUUGCCCUUGGUUCCCCAUUCACUUUUGCCACUACACUGGAGCAGGAAUACAAGAGUGAUAUCUUUGGGGAGAGAGGAAUUUUACUUGGUGCUGUUCAUGGAGUUGUGGAAGCCUUGUUUAGAAAAUACACUGAAAAUGGAGUCCCCGAAGACCUAGCCUAUAAGAACACUGUUGAGAGCAUAACAGGAAUUAUAUCUAAAACCAUAUCAUCUAAGGGCAUGCGGGAGGUAUACUAUGCUUUAGAUGAUACUGGGAAAAGCAUAUUUGAAAAGGCAUAUAGUGCUGCUUAUUACCCGUGCAUGGAGAUUUUGUAUGAAUGCUAUGAGGAUGUAGCCAGUGGUAGUGAGAUUCGCAGUGUUGUUCUGGCUGGCCGACGUUUUUAUGAGAAAGAGGGUCUACCUGCUUUCCCCAUGGGUAAAAUUGACCAGACCCGCAUGUGGAAGGUUGGCGAGCGUGUCCGAUCUACAAGACCAGCGGGUGAUCUAGGCCCAUUAGAUCCAUUUACCGCUGGUGUCUUUGUGGCAUUGAUGAUGGCUCAGAUUGAAAUCCUGAGGAAGAAAGGACAUUCCUACUCCGAAAUCAUCAAUGAGAGUCUCAUUGAGGCUGUUGAUUCAUUGAAUCCUUUCAUGCAUGCUCGAGGUGUUUCCUUCAUGGUUGAUAACUGUUCAACCACAGCACGGUUGGGUUCGAGGAAAUGGGCUCCCCGAUUUGAUUACAUCCUAACCCAGCAGGCCUUGGUGGCAGUGGAAGAAUGUGUGCCUGUCAACCGGGACCUAAUCAGCAACUUCCUGUCAGACCCAGUGCAUGGAGCCAUUAAAGUCUGUGCCCAGCUGAGACCUACCGUUGACAUCUCCGUGCCACCGGAUGCAGACUUUGUUCGUCCUGAGUUGCGCCAGUCCAACUAGAAAGAAUUAUGCGCUUUUAUUUGAUGAAUCACUUUUUAGAAUGCGUAGAAAACUAGAACGUCUGGUUGGUUGGUUGGUUUGGGUUUCCUAUUUUGUUUACCUGGUUAACCAGUAUCAUUGUACGUUGUACUAUUACUUUCUAGUUUGCAGUUCUUAGUUCGUAUGAUGUUUUGAGAAUGAGGAAUGAUGCCUGUUAUCGGAUUAGAAAUAUAAAUAAAUUAUGUUCACAAUAA